GGAGGAGAGGAGAGCGCUUGUUGUUGGGGUAAGGCUGGCAGCGGAGAUCUGCGCUCCAUCUCUCCAGUUCCCCGCAUCCUUGCCCGACGACCGGGCCCGCCUGAUGGAGCCCACCAGGACGAGCGCCGAGCAGGCUCCCUGCGAGGAAGCUUUUUGCAGCUCGCUGCUGGACGACAUCAAGCAGAGGCUGCGGCACGCCUUCCGGGGACCGGGGGGAGCCGCCUCGCCCCAGCAGCUGCUGAUGCCGUCCAGGCCCGCUGCGCCUUGCAAAGGCAGAGGGGUCGAGGUGGCCCUGGAGGAAGCGCGCAGGGCGCACGUCGAGGGCGCCAUUGCCUGGCUCCGGGUGGAAUUGUUGGAGAUGAAGUCCCAGAACCACAAGCUUGCCAAAACUUUGCUGGAUUUAAGCAUGGAAAUACAGAGGCUGAGAAAUGAAGCUGAUGGGCCAACUGCUCUAGAAUCAAAGACCCCGAGCUUUGCUGCAAGCUCAGAAUAACGGAGCUGCGUUUCAGGGAGAAAGCCAGAAGACGCAGCAUA